CGCAACACAAGGGUUACAACGUCGGCGGAACUUGACCAGACCAGCACAGGAACCACUCGAAGACACACCAAUCCAGCAAACAACACAAUUUGUAUAGAGACUUUUGCCUCUGAUCGUGGUUAAAUCGUCAGUUUAAAUCGGAAAAAUGCAUCAUAGUAUUAAAGAAAUCAUGCUGAAAAUGUGGAUCGUUCUUGCAGCUGCUGGUUUCGCAGUCAAUGCAACUCAGAAGGAGAUAUUCCAUGGGAAUGAUCUGACUCUGGAUAUGCCAGAUAGGACAGAGGCAGUGAAGUUCAUUUCUGCUGAUGGGGAAGUACAUCGAAAUAUCUGGAAACGGGAUGGUAAAGUCUUUAUAGGCCGGAAAUUACAUGUUACGUCGCAUGUUACAUUUAGUAAUGCGGGAACAUUCACUCUGUUAAAUAAAUGGAAUAACGAAAUCUCCAGAUACACGGUGAAGGUCAAGGGGAUUAAAAGAAGCAUUAACCGUGCCGCAGGUGAAACUCUCAACAUACCUCUGGAUGGAAUUAAGCUGGAGUAUGCCACACUUUUCUUUAACCGCAAUGGUUUAAUUGUCACCCUGGUGAAAAGUGGAGAGCCAGUGGCUAGUAGAGACCCAAACUACAUCAACCGACUUAAAGUAACCAGUGAAACCAUCAAUUUGCUUAAUGUCAAUGUGUCAGAUUGGGGCGAAUACAUACUCAGAGAUCAAAAUCGUCAAAUUGUGUCAAAAAGUACAUUGAUAUUAGUUGAACGCGGCAGUCCUUCCUCAAAUAAGAAGGCUCUUAUAGCUCUGGUUCUUCUCGUGAUUCCGGUCAUUAUCUGCUGUUACUGCAUGAUGAAAUUCUGUUGUAAAGAUGAUGAAUCAAACAAAGCAAAUACCAACAGCCUUAAUGCCCAGCCUGAGUCUGUACCAAUGUGUCAGACAGUGACUGAUCCUUCACAGUGUUAUCCGACUCCAGUCCAAGGUCAGAUUCAAUAUCCUCCUCCAACACAAUGGAACGGACAACCUGCUGUUUCUCCUUACCCUAACCCUGUUUAUCCUCCUGGACCUGUAGGAUCCCCAGCCCAGCCCCCCCAGCUGAAUGUUCCUCCAAACCAGUACUACCCACCUGCAUCUGUGAAUUACAAUCCAGUGAUGAACAACACUUCACCUGGGCUUUAUCCCACAACUGCAUGACUGUAAAACUCUCAGACUGAGUGUGAUGGACACAGUUUCUCCAGACUAUUCGGAAAUUCUUCUACUAUGUAUGUACUUGUCUGCAAACAUGCAAAAUCCCAAACUUUUAAAAGGUUUAAUCUAUACUGUUUUAUUAAACCUGUAUAUUGCCGAUUAUUAAAAAUAGAUCGGUCAGUAAUAGUUAUCAAGUAAAGAGAAUUGUAUUUUUCUCCUGUUCUUUAAUUCCUUUUAAAUCCUUGAAUUUUUGGAAAUCCAGUCUUCACUGUUUUAAAUAAAAUGCGUACUUUGUAGAUUGUUUGUAAUUACUAUGCAAAACAGCUUCCAAAGAUGUUACAUGUAAUUCUGUUCAUACCUCUCCAUAUAUUCUGCGAUGUCUGUAGAUAUGAACUGUUAAAAUUGCAUGGUUAUUGUCUGCUAUGUGGCCAGCUUUUGUUGUCAGCUCAAGGAAAGAACUAUUAGUGAAAAGUAAUUGUUUUGAUAUUUUUUUAUAAAUCAUUUAUGCAUUUUUCAAUUUUCAAUGUUUUUUCAUUUUUUUUUGUUAGAAUUUUUAUAUCUUUUUAUGCCUAAGGCACCUUGGAAUAAAUAUUCUGUCAUCAUUUA